AUGGCGGCGAAAGAAAUACCUGGUGCUACAUCUGUGUCACGACGUCGAUUAGCGCUUGUAAUUGGCAUUGAUGAUUAUGAAAACCACCUGAAAUUAAAAAAUCCAAAGAAUGAUGCGGAAAAGCUGUCAUCUCUCUUGCAACGUAUUGGUUUUAUUAUUGAUACAUCACCAUUGGUCAAAACAUAUGGUGAGCUAAAACGUAAGAUUCUUGAUUUUGAACUUUCAAUAGAGCCGAAUGAUGUCGUCCUAUUUUACUUUGCUGGACAUGGGGGUCAGAAUUAUUUAAUGCCAAAAGACUUUCCUCAAUUUCCUGAAAUAAAUGAAGCAGAUUUAAAAGAGAUAGCAGACAUAUUAGAAAAAGGCAUUUUAAAAAAAGAGAUGGCUGACAUAUUGAAAGCAGACAUUUUAAAAAAGAAGACAGCUGACAUUUUGAAAAUGAAGGCCAUCAAUGCACAAGAUAUUCUUAACACAUUGAGUGAUCGAAAACCAUUUGUAACAAUAUUUCUUUUGGAUUGCUGUAGAGAAUAUGUCUUACGGAAUCCUGAUUUACAUACACGUGGUCCAAACUCAAACACGAGCAAUUCUAAAUCAGUUGGCCUAGCAGCAAUGCACAAAGCAGGCACACUGGUUGCAUUUGCUUGUGCACCUGGUACAUAUGUAGAUGAUAGAUCAAAAGACAAAAAUAGUUUAUUUAUGGAACAUCUUCUAAAACACAUUAAAACUCCGAAUGAAGAUAUUGUAAAUAUAUUACGUAAUGUGACCCAUGGAGUGAUGGAAGAUUCCAAUGACACACAGGUUCCAUUUUUGAGUGUUCAAUUACGAUACCAGAAUAUCUACUUGUGUGAGCAAGCUCAAGGUAAGAAGAAUAGUUCUGAAUAG